AUGAUUGAUGCAGCAAGUGGUGGAGCUAUAGUUGACAAGACACCCGCACAUGCAAGAGCUUUGAUUGAGAAUAUGGCAUCUAAUUCGCAGCAAUUCUCCACCCGAUCAGAAACUCUUUUCAAGAAGGUGAAUGAGGUUGGUGAAGCUUCUCAUAUGGAACAAAGGAUGUGUAAUAUGGAGAGAAUGACGCAACAAAUUUCUGCAGUGAUUGUUCCAUCGCAUGAUGGCAAUAUGGAGCACGCAAAUGCUAUGUACCAAAAUCAGCAAAGGCCGAGGUAUGAUCCGUACUCCAACACAUACAAUCCGGGUUGGCGAGAUCAUCCAAAUUUCAGUUACGCUAUCAAGCAAGCUGCAACAAAUCCUACUUUCAAUCAACAAGCAGGCUACCAAUUCAUGCAAAGACCACAACAAGAAUCUCAAGAAACAAGUGUGGAUGACAAGUUUGCCCUUAUGAUGAAAGGUAUGCAAGAGAUUUCAAAGUCAGUGCAAGGGUUCAACCAAUUCCAGCAGAAAUUCGAGAUGGCUAUGAGAGAUGUGGAAAACCAAAUUAGUCAAUUUGCUAGUGAUAUGAAUCAACUCAAGGCACAAGGAUUUGGAAAACUUCCUUCACAACCGUUGAACCAUAAGGAGGACGUCAAUGCUAUUGAGCUAAGAAGUGCAAAGCAAGUAGAGAAACCGGCAACAUCACCGGAGCACCAUGAAUCUGUUUUGGAGCACCAAGAGGAUGAGACAACCCCUAACAAGGCUGAUUUGGUACCAGAUUCUAACUCUAAACCUCUUGUUUCUACUAAUGUCACUUCUCCUCCUUUUCCUAGUAGGUUUGCAAAGUCCAAGAAGGAGACACUAUACAAGGAGAUUUAUGAGAUUUUCAAGAAUAUCCAAGUGAACAUACCACUCCUUGAGGCGAUAAGGCAAGUUCCUCGCUACACAAAGUUCUUGAAGGAAUUGUGCACUAACAAGCACAAAUUGGUCGGAAAUGAAGUUAUGUAUGUGGGUGAGAAUGCUUCCGCGUAUCUUCAAAAGAAACUCCCACCAAAGUUGAAGGAUCCUAGUAGUUUCACUAUACCAUGUACAAUUGGUACAACCAGUCUUUUAAUCCUUGCUUCUUUAGCUACGUAG